CUGUUCUCAUGAACCAAUUACCUAUAGCUGUGAAAAGGAGCCAUUAGACCUGUUUCCCAGGCCAGUACCUCCCGGAGUAUUGGCUGCCAGACUGACCCCCUUCCAAAAAGAUCUGUUGGAACCCAACUAUCCAAGGACACUCUUAAGACUCACAUCAGAAGCAGAGCUUCUCAGACAAGUGUGGUCUGUGAGAAUGUGUGGUCUCCCCAACUUCUCACCUCAACACCCUUGAAGCCCCUUCCACCCAAAAAGAGGCAGCGACUGGAACUAGAGGAGGAUGACGAUGAAUGGGAGGCCUCCAUUGAGGCUACUGACCCUAAUGACUCCACUUUCAUUCGAAGUGUAUCAAUGACAACAGAGUCAUCGACUGUAUCACAAGCCUCACUACCAUAUGAUGUACCUAAAUAUAUUGUAUAUGAAAACUGCCUCCUCGAGUUGUUUGAGUUAUGUCCAGUGUGCAGCUCCAUGUGUGAUGUCCGGAAAACUAUACGUGGGACUUUCCUUGCUGUUGAUCAGACGUGCCACCGUUGUGAGUUCAACAGACAGUGGAAGAGUCAACCGUUCAUUGGAAGUACACCUGCAGGGAACAUUCAUCUCUCUGCAGCUGUAUAUUUUACAGGGACAUCUUUCAUCCAAAUGAAAAAGGUUUUCAAUGCAUUUGGUGUGAGGAGCAUGCGAUACCAAGCUUUCCGGAAACAUGCCAAAACCUAUCUAGAACCUGCCAUUGUUUGGAAAUGGAAAAGGGCCCAGCAGGUUGAGCUUCAAAGUUUAAGCCAGCAGAGCAAGGUCAUCAUUGGAGGAGAUAUGCGGGCAGAUUCUCCAGGCCAUUGUGCCAAAUUUGGAAGCUAUACUGUGAUGAAUCUUGAAACCAGCACAGUCAUCGAUAUCCAACUUGUGCAGAGCAAUGAGGUCGGAGGGAGUUACUACAUGGAGAAGGAAGGUCUGAAGCGAAGCCUUGCUCUUCUGGAGGCAAGUGGUGUCACAUUGGACUGCAUAGUCACAGACCGCCACCUCCAGAUUCAAAAAUACCUGAGAGAAAAGGGCAUCACACAGUACUAUGACGUCUGGCAUAUUGAUAAGGGGAUGUCUAAGAACAUUGACAAACUUGCCAAGGAGAAGGAUUGUGAGGUGGUAAAAAAGUGGCAACAGAGUAUUAGGAACCAUCUCUACUGGACUGCAUCAUCAUCCAAGACAGGCCCAGAGAAGGUGGCAAAGUGGACAUCUGUCAUCAAUCACAUCCACAACAUUCACACACACGAAGACCCCCUUUUUCCAAAGUGUGAGCACAGUGAUGUCAUAGAUAAGAGGAGGUGGUUGAAGCCAGGAUCAAAGGCUUCCUACAGACUGGAGAAGGUCCUUACAAACAAGAGGUUCAUCAAGGGUGUGGAGAAACUAAGCCCUCACCACCAAACAUCCUCUCUUGAGGCCUUCCACAGCGUUGUCAUCCGCUUUGCACCAAAGAGUGUGGUUUACCCAUUCAUUGGGAUGCUUUGCAGACUCUAUCUCUCAGCAUUCCACUUCAAUGAGAAUGCCAACCGGCCACAGUCAACAAGUGCUCUGGGAGGUCCUGCCUUUAAACUGGCCUUCCCUAAAGCGAAGAAAGGGGGAUACAGCCUCAAACGAAGGAAAAUUGAGCCGACAUUCUGCUAUGUAAAUGAACUCAUCGCCCUCACAUUUGAGAGUGUUGUCCCUGACCCAGCACCUUUUACUGAAGAGCUGCAGAAGAUCACCAUUCCAGAGGAUCUUUGUGCUGAGUUCUCGGUGCCAUCCAUGGAAGAGGCCAUUGCAGGAUUUGUGUCACGCUUCAAUCCAGCACAGGUCGAAAACCAGUUGAGGGGAGCCAGUCAGAGCUCAGGUGGACCGACAACCUCAACAACGGUAGUGCAAGAAGGAGCAACGGCAGAGUGAGGUGAGGCAGUCUGAGCUCAGCUGGACCGACAACCUCAACGACAUUAGUGCAAGGAGGAGCAACAGCAGAGAUGAUCACAUUGCCAAGCUGCACCACUUUCUGCAGGAAGUGUUUGGAGAGAGCCGUUCACACCCUUAUCCAGCCGCAGAGUGGUUCUGAAGCAGGCUAUAAUAGCUACAGCUCUUAACAUUCUAUUAGACUGCUAUAUACCCACUGCUAUAAAUAUUAAUAUUUCUGUUAUUACAUUAGUUGUUAUAAUGUUAACUUGUUAUUGUGGUUUCUUUUCAUCU